AUGACGUCCUACGGGCUCCUGGAUCAGGCGGACGAAGAUGCGCUCCACAAGUCGCGCCUACUGAAUGUCGAAGAAAAGCCGUUCAAAAGGAUUUCCAAGCGCCUCCUGAACCCCGAAUCGAUCGUUAUUUCAAAUGCGACGCUCCCUCCCACGCCCCCACCCGAUGGGACCGACGAAGAGGCUGCCGCGGCUGCGGAAACGGAUAAGCAAAAAAGAUUGGAUGAAUGGCGCCAGUUUCGCGAAGAUGCGUCUUUGGAUUUUGCCGCCUUUGAGGGAAGCAUCGCUCGGAUACAGUUCUUACUCACAAGCAAUGAGAAGGAACGCGAGCGAUAUGUAGCCGAGAAAGAGCGGAUUCUUUCCACGAUGCAGGCCGUUCGCGAGAACACUACGGAACUACGCGUCCAACUGGACGAAGCCCAACGGAUUCUGAUACUGCGGAAAAGCUACGAUGAACAAACAGAAAAAAUCACCAGUAAUCGCCUUUUGAAGCCGCGGGAAGAUCAACAAGCAAAUUUACAGAAGCUGCAAGCGGAGAUUGCCGAAUUGGAAAAUGAGAGCAAGGAUUACGCGAAAACAUGGGCAGAGAGGCGAGAACAGUUCGGUCGCAUUGUGGAAGAGGGAAUGCAACUUCGACGACUGAUCCGCGACGAAAAGGAGGAAGUAGAGCGUCGAGAGGGUAUGCAGGAAGACCAGGAUGGAGACGAUGGCGAAGUCUCAAAGGGGAAGAUAAGCGGUUCCAACACACCUAGACCAGACCAUGAAAGCGUGACUCCUUCCCAGAGUCAAGACGAAGCGGGUCGCUCGCCUCUCGCAGUGCCCGAAAACAAACCAACUCCAGGGGCUGCAACGCCUCUACGCCAAGUCACUACCGCUGAAGAAGAUGCGAACAUGGUAGAUGAGGGCGAAGUGACAGCCGACGAGGGAGAACGACUUGACGAUUUAGAGGAAGGCGAGGAAUUGCCAGAUGGCCGUAACGGUGACAAAAUGGACACUACAUAG